AGGCUAUAAAAAGCCUCCUCCGGGCCGCCUAAGCUCCAUCUCCUCCGCACCACUCUUUGGGUUUGACAGGGUUAACUGAACGCAUCAGUCAGAAGUCACCAUGUCCACCAUGUACAGCUCUGCUUAUUCCGGCUUUCCCCUGUCCUCUUCGCCCAGGAUGACAGGCUCCCAGCGGGGAUCGAGUGUCCACGGCGGUGCAGGUGGCCGCAACGUCCGGGUGUCGUACGCCUCCAACGGCCUUGGCUCUGGCUUUGACUUGGCAGGGGCGCUCGGAGGCGGCGGGGGCGGCGGGAACAAUUUCGCCGUUCCGGGCAGCGACAAAGGGACCAUGCAGAAUCUCAACGACCGCCUGGCCAACUACCUGGAAAAGGUGCGCUCCCUGGAGUCGGCCAAUUCGAAGCUGGAGAUUCAAAUCCGCGAGUGGACCGAUAAGCAGAGCCCCGCCGCCAGUGACUAUAGCAAGUAUGUGGCAGUCAUCGAAGACCUGCGCAAAAAGAUCGGUGUUGCCACACAGGACAAUGCCGGGCUGAUGCUGCAGAUCGACAAUGCCAGACUGGCAGCAGAGGAUUUCCGAAUCAAGUUUGAGAAUGAGAUGGCACUGCGCAUGUCGGUGGAGGCGGACAUCGCCGGGCUGCGCAAGGUCCUGGAUGAACUGACCGUGGCCCGGUCUGACCUGGAGAUGCAGGUGGAGGGCCUGAAGGAGGAGCUGGUCUACCUGAAGAAGAAUCAUGAAGAGGAGAUGGCAGCAAUGCGUGGCCAAGUUAAUUCCAGCUCUGUCAACGUGGAGGUGGACGCCAAGCCUCAGGCGGACAUGGCCACCACCAUGGAACAGAUCAGAGCUCAGUAUGAGGGCAUCACUGAAAAGAACCGCCGCGAAAUGGAGGCGUGGUACCAGGUCAAGUUUGACGACGUGAACAAGCAGGUGGCAUCCAGCACAGAGACCCUCCAGACCUCCCAAAGUGAGAUCAACGAGCUCAAGAGGACCCUGCAGUCCCUGCAGAUUGAGCUGCAGUCCCAGCUCAGCCUGAAAUCUGCCUUGGAGGGCCAGCUGGCAGAUACAGAGUCCCGCUAUGGUCUGCAGCUGGGCCAGCUGCAGACCAGGGUCAACACCCUAGAGGAAGAGCUGAAAAAUAUGAGGAUGGACAUCGAGAGGCAGGCCAAUGACUACCAGGUGCUGUUUGAUAUCAAGACCAGGCUGGAGCUGGAGAUCGCCGAGUACAGAAGACUGCUGGAUGGAGAGGAGAGAGCUGUAGUAGUGGAAGUCAAACCUAAACCAGUCUUUACCCAGAGGACGAAGAUUGUGACUGAGGAGAUUGUUGAUGGAAAAGUUGUGUCCCGCACGGAAGAUGUAAACACAGAGGUCAUCGAGAAGUAGACAGACUGGAUGCCAAAAGAUCCGGGUCAAAUAAUAAGUUAGAAUAAAAGCUGUUUUCCUGUCUCUGACACCCAGCAAAUGUUCUACCCACGUCUACUGAAAAAAAUAAAUAUAUAAUAUUUUUCUCUUUCCAAAUAUCUGUGCAGAGUUAAGAUUUAGAUUUAUUAUCAGAAAUAUUUAUUCUGAUGUAUUACCAUGAAAAAAGAUGGCAAAACCAAUAAAAUGUUUUAAAAUAUA